UUUCCAUGGUGAGACCACUGCAUUUUCUUUCCACAGUUCUAAAAAAAGAGAGAGAACCAUUUCAGGAAAGGCACAUUGAUGUAAGGAAAAAGACAACACAGGAAGAAGUAAUAACAGUCCAAGAAGUGCUAUGGCUGUAAGCACAUUGAUUCAAGCCCCCUUGAUGGGAAAGGACUUCCUUCAGUCCUCACACAUUCCGUUUUGGGGCGGCGACAGUUGCGAUGGCCUUGACGAGGCAUUUAAGACCACCUUCCAGACAGACUUCAACUCCUUUGCUACCCUUCCGAAGAGAUUCGCCAUCUCUCGCCCCAUCCCUGCCCAGGUCGAGCACAAAGACCUGCGUCGGAUCAAGGAGUAUCUGACCGAAGCGGUCAAGUCAUAUCCCCACCACCCACAGAUUCCCCUCAGCCGCACACCUGCUUGGACUAAGCUGUGCACCAACUUCCAGAUGCAUAAAGACCCCAGGCAGGUCAACUUCCUCACCACCCAGGCAGAGGGCUUCCAGCCCCUGGCCUCAACCCACACCAUACCCAUCCGGCCAGUCAUGGCCAUUAAGAAGAAACAGCUGGAGGAGAAGCUUCCUGUGACCACUCAUAAAGCUUCAUUCACCCCAUACAAUGUGUCGCCCAUUGUCAAGGCCAAGGUCAAACACCUAGGGCGAGAACCCACCUUUAAAUGGGACAGGGAUGGCCAACACUUUGACUCCCACCACAACGAUGCAUUCCAGGGACAAUGGCACAGCCCACCUCAACCUGUGGAGAAGCAAAUCCACUCAUCAGUGGCAAUGGGAGACCCACAGAAGAAUCUGGAAACUGAAACCACCCAGGAUGUGUCCUUUAGACACCCUGGCAAUCCUAGUCCAGUCAAUGUGAAGGAACGUUUGAAGGUCAAUCUUGGGGAUUUCUCUGAAAACAAAUGGACAUCUACAAUGGCUGAUGCGUUUCGCGAGGCCAAGUCAGCCCCUGUUCUACUGAUGCAGAUGAACAAGACUCUCAGCUCAGUCCCCAGAGGGGACACUGAUCCUGGGCGCAACCGACUGAGGAUGAUGGCCACAACCAACGGCUUUUUCUUCUCUGAGCGAAACCACAGAGAGCGGCCGGUGCAUUUCAGUGGCGCCAACGUGAGGACCAGGAGCAAUGUGGAGUUGGGCCGACCCAGUCUGGGAGGCCUGUUCUACAGCACCGCAGCCCAGGAAGACUACCCCAAGAGGGACAUACAUCGAGCUAGGCCGCAUACCCAUCCCUCUGGCCAUGUGCUGACCGGCCAAGAGCCUGGAACAGCCUCAACUACUGUUCAAAGGGACUACCUCCCACUAAAAUCCAGGAGACAGGAACUUAGCCCAAAACAACUUCAACAGAUUAAAUUCAGCCACAUCACCGCUCCCUACAAUGAGCAACACUUCACCACGACCCAUAAGGAGGCUUUUGGGCCCAAGCCUCUCUCCAGGAACUGCCCGGACAACCCACCUAGACAACACAUUAGCCACAUGCCUUUCUAAAGAGACCAAAGAGCUGCCUUAUCAAAACUCACUUACACAAAUAAAGCAUUUACUCUAUAUAUUUAAGGGACAUUUUGGGGAUAUGCAAGGGAAAAGCUCUGGUGCAAAACAAUUGCUUACUUUUUUGGAAGAAAUAGGCCUACGCUUGAAAUGUAUGCUUUAUUCAAUGCUUUGUUUGUUUAUUGAGCAAAUGGCCUGGUGAUAUGGAGCAACUGCUUACCUCUAUUGACUAAACAUGUACAUUUGACUGCCUACACAUGAUCCAAUAAAUGUGGAAAUAAAAGCCCAUGGGUCACCUUUUGGUAACUUGUUCCCAGAUCUGUCAUACCAUACAAGUCUUAGGCAUGACAGCAACAAUAGGAGUUGGCUAUACACAGUACUUAUACCUGGGACCGGGCUAAUCUUUUAGUGUGUUG